AUGAAACUCUUUUCUCUUGUCGCUUUUCUUUUUGCCCUUGCCUCUGCUGCUCCUAUUCCCGCUCCCAUUGAAGGUUCUGCCGCUUCAUAUGUGGAGCAAUUGCCCGCCAAGACUUAUGAAGAUUUUGAACGUGUCUACAAGAACUGGUGGAGCUUCCAAAACCCCGACAGACCUGACUUGAAGAAGCGUGAUGUCCCUGAACUUUCCGCCAAGACCUAUGAGGAUUUUGAACGCGUCUACAAGAACUGGUGGAGCUUUCAAAACCCCGACAGACCUGACUUGAAGAAACGCGAUGUCCCUGAACUUCCCGCCAAGACCUAUGAAGAUUUUGAGCGUGUCUACAAGAACUGGUGGAGCUUUCAAAACCCCGACAGACCUGACUUGAAGAAGCGUGAUGUCCCUGAACUUCCCGCCAAGACUUAUGAAGAUUUUGAACGUGUCUACAAGAACUGGUGGAGCUUCCAAAACCCUGACAGACCUGACUUGAAGAAACGCGACGUUCCUGAACUUCCCGCCAAGACCUAUGAAGAUUUUGAGCGUGUCUACAAGAACUGGUGGAGCUUUCAAAACCCCGACAGACCUGACUUGAAGAAGCGCGAUGUCCCUGAACUUCCCGCCAAGACCUAUGAAGAUUUUGAGCGUGUCUACAAGAACUGGUGGAGCUUUCAAAACCCCGACAGACCUGACUUGAAAAAACGGGAAAGCAAUGAAACUGAGGAACCUGUUUUAAAGACCGAGAAAGACAAGGAAGAUUAUCAUCAUUUCUUGGAAUUCUAUGUCAUGAAUGUUCCCUUCAACUCUACUAUCGCACAGACCAACAUUAGUUCUCACUUUAAUUAA